AUGAAAUCUCAAGACUGUCAAGGGGUUCUAGAGACAAUUGUCCUGGCCAGCUUCAGAAAGCUUGGUCUCAGUCGCAGGUCAUGGAUCUCCCAACAGGACAACGACCCUGAACACACCCAAGAAUGGCACAUCAUUCUGAACCCUAACCUCAGUCACAACCUGAGGGAACUGGAGCCGUUUGCUGGUGAGGAGUGGGCCAGAAUACCUGCUGAGAGGUGCAGACCUCUCACUGACAGUUACAGGAAUUGUUUGAUUGCCUCAAAAGCAUGUGUCCUGGUUAUUUAUCAGGCGCUGCUUAUUCUAAAUACCGCCCCCCUGAGGCCUUACACGGAACUCUCCGUCCGUCCCUCUGAGCUCACCGUCAUCUCUUCCCCUCCUGUCCGACUUUCGCAGAGUUGUACCCAAAACCUGACACGACUCAGCAGGAUUAGUUUAUACUCUCAGAGCUUCAGCUAUAAAACCGCUCCCUGCUUUUGUUCCACACCUUUUCUAAUAUUUACAAGUUCUCCUGUCAUCUGGGAGGGGAAAGGGUGUGGUUACAGUUGUCCGCGUCUACUCAGAUCUAAUUUCCCCGAGCCAGAGCCCAUCCUCCGUGUUCAUGAGGAGUUAUCUCCCAGCCUCGCCGGGAGCCAGCAGAGGAGGGCGGAGGGGGUCCAGCAGGGGCGGCCCACACCGGAACAGAGAGCGGACGGUGUCCCGUCCUACAAGUCCCAGCCCGGAUCAGCGGGAGCCCGCCUGAGGAUGUCCUUCGGCAGCGGGACCGUAUGCAGAGGCUCUGGACCGGCCGGGACCGGGAGGUCCGGUGCGAAAGUUGGCUGCUGUGAGAAGUGCUCCGCGGCUCUUGUCGGUCUGAAGAAGCAGGCUCUGAGUCUGGCGGUCCACCAUCACUUCUCCUAUAAGGAAACCAGCGACCUUCCAUCCUUUCUUCAUGACAACCUUCGUGUCCACACCCGUCCCUACACAGAGUCCAGGGAGAGGGAGAGAGAGCUGGGUGUGUGUGGAGCCUGUGGUGCUAACCUGAGCCAGCUCAAACACGAGGCCAUCCACCUGGCUCUGAGUCGGGGUCGCUCAUUAGCAAGGCCCCAGCUUGGGCCCGGUCUCCGAGCUGGGGCAGUGCUGGGACACACUGAGACGAAGCACGAAGACAGAGUCACAGGGGAGGCUGUGCAUCAAGCACGCAGCCAAUCACACAGCCCUCAGGUCUCACGGAGCCCCAGGACCACACAGAGGACUCCUCAGAGGACCCCUCAGACCCUCAGACGGAGGGGGGGCAAGCUUCCCAACCACGAUAUGGACCGAUGGGUGCAGGAGCAGCAGCAGCUGGUGGGCUCCAAAUCUACAUCCACUACAGAUGGUGUCAGCCUACAUUCUCACCAUAAGGCUGCAGAUGGCUCCACGGUGACCUGUGGUGAUGCUGGGACCAUCCAGGCGAGCUCAAGGAUCCCUCACAUCUCCAGGAUGGUGACCAUUGCCAACACGGCUGCUAUGUCGCUCCUGGCUAACGCAGCUGAGAAGCUCAACAUGACACUGAGAAAAAAGGGCCAGGCUUCUGAUCCAGCUCCCUCCAGUCGCACCUUCUGCUUCAGGGAGAUCAUCCAGAAAAACCCGCCUCCGGUCCCCUCCGUCCUGCUGCAAGCUGCGGCUCGAACCAAAGACCUGCCCGAUGUGGCCAAGGUCAAAGUCGUGCUGAGGGUGAGUCGGCUGCUGUCCGAGAGCCAAGACCAGCAGCCGCCUGUUCUUUGGAUCGACCCAGCCAAGAAAAGAGUCACCAUAAUGGAUCCGGUGACCAAAACUCUACCGUACUCCUCACUGACACUGGGCCGGCAGGGCAAGCGUCCACUGAAGACCUUCAGCUUUGAUGCAGCUUUUUCUCAGGAUUCAGGCCAGGCUGAGGUGUGUGCCGGUGUCCUGACUGAUGUCAUCCGCUGUGUCCUUAGUGGCAGCGACGGAUGUGUUCUAGGUCUGGGAAGUGCUGAUGUGGGAUCCUGGUCCAGCAUGGUGGGCAGUGGUGAGAACAUCCAAAAGCUUGGUCUGAUUCCCUUUGCCAUCUCCUGGCUGUACGGUGCCAUCGAGCGGCGCAGAGAGAGGACAUGGACUGAUCUGACGGUGUCUGUGUCCGCCAUCGAACUGUGCUGUGGUGAGGAGGACACUCUAAGGGAUCUGCUGGGGGAGGUCGGCCCAUCAUCGGGGGGCAUCCAGGACAGUCCAAAAGCCCAUGUCAGAGUCCAAGAGGACCCCACCCACGGGAUACAGAUACGUAACCAUAACCGAGUGAAGGCUCCGACGGCGGAGCGGGCCGCUUCCCUACUGGAUGCUGCCAUCGCAGCUCGUCGACGCACAGACUUUGUUACAUACCUGUGUCACAGCUCUAUAAUGUUCUUCACCCUUUACAUCCAGCCUCCGCGUACAGAGAGCAGCACCAUUGGCAAAGGUUCAAAAGGCCCCCCCAAGCUGACCAUGAUUGAUGUGUGUAGUGGUAUGAGAGGUGUGAGCAGAAGUAGACCCACUCAUUCUGAACUGGGGCCCAUUGUCCUGUCUCUCCUGGGUGGACAUAAAACCACCCCCAGCAAGGUCAGUAAACUGUCCAUGCUCCUCCGGGAAUCAAUGCUCCACUCAAACUGCCACGUUGCUGUAGUUGCUCAAGUUGCUGACUCAUUGGCUCAACUUCAAGAGAGCUUCUCGACUAUCCAACUGGCUUCUCGCAUACGCAGGACACAAAAGAGGACGAAGCAAUCUACAUCACGUUCUCCUUGUGGAAGGAGUCUACCCAAAGAAAAACGGGGGGCUUUGCCCUUAAGAGCAUUUCACUCCACUGAAGAAGUAGAUUUGGACGGUCAGCCUUUCUGCCUUCGUGGUCGGCUGGAUCGUUCCAGCAGCGACCAGUCCUGUGACACUGUCAUCCAAAUAAAUUCAGAUGGUUCUGUCCAUUCUAAAGCAGCCCCUCUCCUCACGCAACCUAGGUUUGUGCCCAUAAUACCUUCUUUGCAUCCCAACAAAGGUGAUUUGGAUGACCUAGAGUUUACGGCUCUUCUCGAAGAACUUCUGAGAAUUCCUCAGCUGCACGAAGAAAAGAAGGCAGAGGAAGCAGUCCAGGGCUGUGUGGAUGCUUUAAAAACAGAAAGGAAGUCACCAGAGAGGGACUGUCUCAAAUGUGAUACCUUUGCUGAACUUCAGGAACGUUUAGGUUGUAUUGAUGGAAGCGAGAUGACCAUGGACGUGCUAAAGUCUUCCUUAAAAAGUGCUUCUCUUAAGAACCUUUUAACAAAACCACGAAUCCCAAAAGAAACAUCCGAAGCAUCACAGACAUUGUUGACUACGGGGAUGGGUUACAGUCAGACCGCCCUUGGAGAGAAGAAGUCUGAUGGUGCUUCCUCUGGAGACAGUUUUCAGAGAGAGGACUCUGGUCUGUUUGACUGUGAGGAGUGCAGUGGAACAAGUUCCAGCGAGGAACUGCUGAAUCAGACUCUGGGUCUGAGCAUGACCGGUCGUUCCGAGUUUCCCAACACCAGACCUAGUAACUCAGGAAAUAAGCAGGACUCUAGGGGAAAGACCACUGCUAGUCCGUCUGAUCGUCAGCCAUCAGAUAAACAAGAGUGUCAGGAGUCUGCUGACUGGUUCAAGGCAGACAAAAGAGCUUCACCAGUAGGCAAGAGCUCACCCAUAUCUCCUUCCUCCUCCUGCUCACCGAAUUCCCUCGCUAAAAGCAUCGUAAUAGGUGACAUCUUGCCUAACCGCACCACACAGACUGUUAAGGAAAUGAAGGCCACUAUCACUGUGACUGUUCAGCAGCCGCUGGACCAAACAGGUCAAGAUGAACUUGUCCUCUCAAUGGUGGAGGAGGUGACCUUCAGCGGUGCAUACGACAGAGGGAACACAGGAGGAAACAUCAUUUGCAUAAGAGAACCUGCACAGCCUCAUGUUCAGACUGCCGCCAGCUGUCAUCCCAUAAAGAUUAUCAGCAAUGUCAGUGAUGAUGACUCUUCUGCUGCAGCCGGUUCGUCUGUUGUUCAGCCCACAGACUCAGGUGCAAGUAGAGAGAAGAACAGUUAUCCACUCAGAAGAGAAAAGGGGUUCUUGCCUUCCUUUAUAAAUCCCACGUUGAUCGAUACCGAUCUAGGCUGUGACUUGGAUGGUGCCAAAGGAAAGGAACGUCCCCAGGAAACUUUAAACAAAGUCAAAGUAGGGUCUGAGCUCAAAAAGAACGUUGCUGAAUGUCAAGAAGGUAAGGAAAUAACCGAUGAACCAAACAGAAGAAGUCAUGGGACACAUCAGACAAAGAAGUGUGAAAAAGAAUGUUACUCAGCUUCUGCUCAAAUGUCUUAUGGCAAAGACGCUUUCAGAGACAAGGACCGCCCCCAAAAAACAGACAAAAGCAAAAUGUGUGAAAAGAGACACGAGAAUAUGGACCCAAGUGUCCCCAGACAACGUCAGCUUGUUUGUUUCACUAACAGGGAAAAGCUCUCAGCUGGGGCAGCAUCUACCAGCAGACCUGUUGACAACAUCCCCCAGAGAACAGCUGUUGUCCCUGGUUGCCAAGAAACCAACCCUGCUUCCUCUCAAACAAGCAGUUUACCAAAGGCCUGGCGAAACCUCACCCACCAAGAGAGCCACUUAAGGGAGGUGACAUCAUCUACCCCCUGUAGCCCGGGGGAGGUGUUGGAGACGAGGCAUGGCAGACAGCGGUCUGCAGCAGACCACGGCCUCCAUUCAUCCUCCUCGCCUAAGCUAGCAACAAAAUUCAAACAGGAUCCUAGCGGUGCUCUCAGGAAGGCCACAGGGUCUUCUAUGACCUCAAGUUGGACAAGAAAACUUGAUGACCCCUGCAGCAGGCUAAAAUCCCCCGCUGAGAAUAGCAGCAAGCUCUUCAGUACCAAACUAGAGCAGCUGGCGACUAGGACCAAUUCCCUCGGAAGGACCCCGAGAGAUUUUCCAACCCUGGAAAGAGGCAGUAGCAACACCUCUGUGAGCUCUAAAGGAAGCUCCCGGGGAAGUGCUGAAGCUGCUUGGAAAGUUGGUUGUAAAGAAAACUGUGAUAGAGAAUGCACAUUUCCCCGGUCCAAUAAGAGUCCCAGGAGGAAUCCUCGUUCUGACCUGGGACAUCACUUCUUUCAUUCUGAAAACUCAACAUCCUCGCCUGCGAAGAAUUCUCCUUCCAAGCUUUCAGCUGUAGGAAAGCUUAGGAUGGGAAGCCCUAAAGUUCGUCGACUGUCCACCCCUAGCAUCAAGAGCUUAAGCAUGUCCCAUAAAAGCCUGCAGCAGUCCAACCGCAGCGCCAGUCUUUCACCAGACUGCAAGACAGUAAGCUUUGAGAGGACUUCUUCCUUUUUUUCCUCCUCCCCUCCACGAUCUCACCGCUCCAUCAGCCGGACCCCAAGCCAGAGCUCCACCUGCUCAUCUACAAAAUCUGCCAUUCAGGGAUUUGUUAGCAGCAAGAUCUCAGAUUUCCUCAGGGAACGGGCCCCCAGCCCAACACUGGCAGGAUUAGAUCACAUGACACCUCUCCCCUCCCCAUACAGCCAAGUGACCGCUCCACGCAUUCCCGAUGACCUGAAUGGGCAUGCGAGUGACACCACCAGUGUUUUAAGUGGAGACUUGCCACCAGCCAUGGGAAAGACAUCCCUACACUUCUCUAACAGGAGCAGUCUGGUGAGCAGUGGCUACGACAGCUUGGUCAGGGACAGCGAAGGCACCGGCAGCAGCGCCUCUAACCGAGGAUCCAUCAGCGAUCGGAGCGGCUCGCUGCUCAGUGCGGCUCGCAGCAGCCGAUCAUCUCGCAGGAGAGGGAAUGCAGGUCUUUCCCAUGAUGCACCUCUGUCUAUGAAGCGCUCAGCCAGCGGUCUGCGGUCUCGCUGGACAGAUCGUGGAAUUCCUGAGGCGUACGAGAUAAAAGUCUAUGAGAUCGACGAUGUGCAAAGGAUGCAGAAAACAGCAGGGCCUUGCAUGCUUCAGCGCCAAGCUGCAGUUUGUGGAGCGCCAUCAACGGAGGACCUCAGAGGUUCAAGUCCAAUACAACAGCUGGGGGAGCGGGCUAGAGCAGGUCCAACACAACCUCAUGCUGCAGCCUGCCAAACGGAACCAAGAGUCAGACCCGCGGUCGACUAUCGAGGUGGACUCCCUGGAACGUCUGGAGGCCUUUGAGGAGGUGAAGAUCCUGCUGGAGAACGACAUCAACCGUACCAAGGCCAGCAUCGUGGUGGUCACCUGCUCUACAGCUUCCAGCAGGACGCAGCUCAGUGAACAGCGAUGAAAAGAGCAGAAGCUUGGAAAGAUGUGGAAGUUUAUGGUGUUCCCGUGUGAAAGACACGACUUCAUCCCUGGACUCUGCCACUGCUGACGAUAAACACAAACUCUGUUUGUCUAGUCACGGCCACCCAGGGGUUUAUUUACAGUCAGCAUGGAAACAACUCCUAAUAACUUCUACACAGAAAAACACGUUAGAAGGGCUGAAGUACCUCAGUACCACAUCCUUCCACCAGACACACAACCUCUGUGAAGUGUACUACGCCGUAAACAGUCCCCGUCAUGGUGGCUGGUGCAUUCACAACGGCCACAGAGUGCAUCAAGUUCUGUAGUUCAGAUCGGGCCAAACACACCAGUAGUGGACAACAUCUGGAAACUUUCAGAAUAAAAGUCCCAUGCAGAUUUCCGGUUGCGUAACUAGUAAAAACUAGAACAUCACGACCUGUGACGCUCGUGUAAAUGGAACAGAAAAUAAACCGCAGACCCUUUUGGGUCCGUGCUUCCAUCCCUCUCCUUCCUCGUUAGCAUGUGAACCGCUGAAAUGACGCGUGGUCUCGCAGUACUUCGGUCGUCAUGUGACCUUGUGUGAGCAGCUUUUGAGUAAAAUGCGUCUGAUGUGCUACGCGCCAGGUUGGGUUGGGUUGGUUUAAAAGAAGAGGCUGAUGGAUUUAAACCUGAGCACUAGUUUUGUUUCUCAUGAUGAAAGAUGAUGUCAUCAGACAAAUACCUCACGCAGAACUUUAUCUGUUUCUGCAUCCAUGCUUUUGCGUCACCAGGGUGAUAAAAAUGUAAAGUCAUAAGCGUAGCUAACAUCUGAGCUAACGGUACUUGAGCGGACAACGUGCUGAUGAGCAACGGUCCGGUGUUGUUGGGAUUUAAGCUACUGACUGCUCAGAAAGUCUUCCAGACACGACACACCCGUCUGCAUGAAGCCGCUCUGUAAAUGUGUGAAUAUUAUGAAAGGGUUAGGGUUAGCUCAGAAGCUGAAAUUCACUCACUCACAGACAGAAGACAUUCAUACAUUCACACAUUUUAAUGCUCUCACAUGCUUUCUGUUCCUUACAUUUCAGCAUUUCUCACAGUUUGACUCAUAUUAAAUAUGUGUGGCUGACCGGUUCUCAGAGACUUUUGUGGUUUUUAUAUCCGUAGGAUAAGAUUUUUAGUUUUGUGUGAAGCUGGUCUCGAUCAGUCGGGCUGAUCAAGUCUAGUCGUGUUGAACGUGUUUGUGUGUCGUGGUCAGUGAGUUAGCUCUUCUACCCCCGGUGCCAUGGUGUACAUAGACUUUUGGUGCUGACAUGGUUGAAACUUCAUAUUUUAUUGGAAGAUCAUGUAAAGUGAUGCAGCUGAUGCCAUUAAACGUGUUUCAGUGAAGACGUUACUGAGCAGACGUUGACAUCCUAGAGGGAAUGAUCCGACGCAACAGGGAGUUGCUCUAUAACGACCUUCUGGCUCUCAACCAAUCAGAGAGCACCCACUGAUGCACGAUAAUCAGCCCACAACUACAGCUGACCCAGAUGGGUGCAUUUCAAUUUUACAUGGAAGAAACACAUAGUUUGUUGUUGAAUCAUGAAUCAGCACGAUGAAUGGAUGAAUGGAUGAAUGAAUGACCUCAGAUUUGCGUUUGGAUGUCAGGAGAAACUCUGGAGACUGCAGCAAAAAUAAACUCUUUACACUCCA